AUGUUUAAAAGCAGAAGAUUAAAGAACGUUACAAACGCUAUCAAAACCGUUGGAACGAAUGAUCUUUCUUCUGGUUUGAAUUCCAAAGCUAGAUAUGGUAUGUCUGGUAAGCCUGUUGGUGUUGCACUCGAUCCUGUUCAGAGUCUUUUAGCGAUUUCUACGGAUCGUGGUGAAAUUCAUGUUUAUGGUCAACAACAAGUUGAAGUGGUCUUUCUAUUAAACAAUUCAGUAUCAAUAACUACAUUGAGAUUUGUCAAAGGUAUAUAUCUUGUUGCACUUGAUGACAGGGGUACUGUGCUUGUUUUCUCAAUAUAUUCCAAAAAGCUAUUAUCUUCAUUCUCGCCGCCAGGUAAAGUCACUGCCUUUGAAACAGAUCCCUCACUGGAUUGGCUAUUGAUCGGUCUACAAAAUGGUUCAAUAGUCGCAUAUGACAUAGAUAGAGGUAAUAUUACGCCCUUCAAAAUUGAUAAUUUGCAAAAACAGGUUCUACCAAAGGAAAAACUGUCGCCUGUGAUUUCAAUUCAAUGGAAUCCAAGAGAUAUUGGUACUAUAUUAGUUGGUUAUUCACAUUGUGCAAUUAUCUACUCCAUUGCAUCCGCUGAAGUUCGUUUAAGCUUUAGGUACGAAGUUCCAAAAGGUGCUCCAGGUGGUAACAACCUGGUAACUUCUACUAUUAGGUAUCCAAAGGUUCUACAAGCAUUAUACCAUCCAAACUCUUUAAAUAUUUUAACAACACAUGAAGAUGGGUCGUUGGUUUUCUGGGAUGCUUUGACCAGUGAACAGCUACAUGCAAGAUCAUUAAUUGAUAUAGAUGUCAACGUACCACAAGGGGCUAAUGUUCAUCGUGAAGGCUCUGUAAAUACUGAAUUUUUGAAAGUUGCCUGGUUAUGUGAUGAAAAUCCAGAUUCAACUGCUUUGUUGAUUGCUGGGGGUGAUGGUCCUGCUCAUGAUGGUAUUCACAACUUAAGCGUCAUAAACUAUGGUGUUGCGCCAAAGUACUCAAUAACAUCAUAUGAAAAAAUGGGAAGCUAUUAUGCUGAGCCAAAACAACAAAGGUUUUUGCCAAUUCAAAAUUCGUCCUCUGUGAUAGAUUUCAUAUCUUUAGCUCAAACUUCACCAUAUUUCCAAGGCAAUCAUAACCCAAAUUUCAUCAUGGUCUUACUAGAGUCAGGGGAAAUAGAAACAUUGGCAUAUCCUCAAGGCAUUUUGAACUACAAAUCAUCGCUAUUUCCGCAAAGCAUUGCCUGGGUUCAUCCUCAAACAACUGUUACUAUCGCUUCUCCGGUUCCUAGAAAGCAGUGGCUUGGAAUGAUUGGUAAAUCUACUAAGAAAGAUAACAUUUUAAAGGGUGGUUAUCCAGUGAAAAAAGCAUUAAGGGCAAAUGAAGUUAGAUCUGCAUUGGCUACUGGUCAUGUUAACGGUUCCGUAAGGAUUUGGGAUGCAUCCCAUGCUGAACUUGAUGAUUCUUCAGUUAUGGAAGUUGAUGUUGCUGCUUCCUUGAAUACUAUUACAGAUGUUGCUAUUGAUGCUAUAUCGUUUGCUGGUGAAACUGCUGAAUUGGCGGUUGCAACUAUUGGAGGUGAUGUUGUAUUAUAUAAAUUUGACAUUAAUAAGAAAUAUAAUCCAAAAAUUGGAAGUUUGGAGCAAGGGAUGCAAAGAAUGUCAUUAGCUGAUGAAAACAAACUCAUCAUCAAUCUUUCUCAUAGAACUCCAAAUAUAAAGGAAGGCUUUUUGCCGGUUGUUGCUGUUCAUGCUAAAAGAGGUAAAGUCACAGCUUUGAAAAACAGUAAUAUUGGGUUUGUCGCUAUGGCAUAUGAAUCCGGUGAUUUAAUCAUAAUUGACAGAAGAGGACCUGCAGUUAUCUUUGAAGGAGAUAUACGUCAAUACUCUCAAUCAGGGAGUUCAAGAAUAACCUCAUUGGAGUUCUCGAUCAUGGUUUUUGGUGAUGAUGGUUAUUCAAGUAUAUUGCUGUUUGCUGGUACCGAGAAAGGUGAACUAAUUACUUACAAAAUAUUACCUGAAUCAUCUGGUAGAUUUUCAGCACAAGCUGCUGAUAUUAUUCAAUCUAACAAUUAUCCAAUUACACACAUCUCGCCUUAUAAAUCAGAUAAUGGUACUCCAGCCUUUGCAACAUUUGACCAGUUUCACCAAUUGGCCAAUGGUCUAAUAGUACAUGGGUCUCUUGCGGUAACAUCAACUUCAGAUAUUAGAAUUGUACAACCAGCAAAAUCUAGACAAACACAUAAAUUGUUCAAUAUACCAAUUGCAUCAGCUGGUGUAUCAGUUAUUGCUAUCAAACAGGCAAAUGCUUCAAAACCAUAUGGAUCAGUAUUACAAAUUGUUCUCCAAACAGGUGCUAUAAAAGUUUUGUCUUUACCAGAAUUAAGAGAAAUCACUACUUUACAGGUCCCAGCCGUUAUUGAUCCUAAGUUUGUGUCAUAUAGCUCAGUGCUACCUUCAGGUGACGCAGUAAUUCGUACUGGUGUUUCAGAAGCAAGUUUAGUUAAUAUUGCAGGAUCUGGUAUAACAGCUGCUCAAUUACCUUCUGAUAAACUCUAUAAUGAAAAAUUAAGAAUUCCAUAUCGUCCACAAGUUGGUGCAUUACAAUGGGCUAAAGGCACAACUUUGGUGAACUAUGAUGAACUUGAUGUACUUAUAGGAGGUGACAGAAGACCUGCACCUAAAAACCCAGAAUCUAGUAUUGCGGGUGGUAAUUUGACACUGGCACCAGCUAGAGGAUCUCAAAAUAGCAGUACUGAUCAACUGUCGGGUGAAGAUUACUCAUAUGAUAAACCUGUUAGAAAGAGAACACAAGGUGGUUAUGAUCCUUCAAGGUCAUUUGUCAGAACUUUCCAAAAUGGGUUUGAAAGCGCUGGUGAAACUUUCAAUGACUACGCUAAUAAUGCCUCUCAGAAUAUGAAUGAGACUGUUGGUGAGGCUAAAAAUGAUUUAAUGAAGUCAUUAUUGAAAUCAAAAUUUGGGUUUUAA